CAAGCAGUCAUUUUGGAUGACUUGCUACUAACGCGAAAUUCCUAUUAUUUUAAAUUAUUAAAGGAAUUUCAAAAGACUGUAUUGAGAGUAUCAAUAAUUGGGUGGGAGCAAUUCUACAGUAGCGAAUUUCUCGCCUGAGACUGACAAUAAACCUAACCCUACAAUUCCACAUUUUUUAUUAUUCACCGUUAAAAAAUGGUUAAAGCGGCAUUGGACCCCCUCGUGAAUAAAACCCUCAACAUCCGUUUAUUCCACAGUGUUGAGAACGUGUCCGACUUGCGUAAAAAAAUAAUGUCAGGUCAACUUGAGUGUUGUCUCGUAAACCCCAAGUUGAUUGUGGACCCGUUCCAGUUAGUCGUGGCCGCAAACAAGGCCCUAACUGCCAAAAACCGCACCACUAAAACGAUUUUCACUGAAAUUUUAUUCAAUUUGUCUGUAUCCAAACACAUAACGAAAAGUUUGCAACAGUUUGGGAUCACUGACGACUGUAGAGACUUGCUGGUGGUGACUGUCGGCGACGACGACAGUCGCGUUCUUUCUGAAAUUAAAGGCACGGAAGUGGAGUUGGGGGCACUUGAGGAGAUUCGGGAUUUGGGCGCUGUUAAGAAGGCUUACAAGAUUGGGCCUGAGGAAGGGGCGACUAGCACUAUUGUGGACUCCGUCGUCAGUAGGAUAGCCACUAAGGAUUUUAUCUCGCAUUGAUUGUAUUUAAUAUUGAUAAUAAAUUAUUAAAAAAGCUCUAAAAG